GCUUUACACUUAUCCCAAAUUCAACCAAUUCAAUAAACCAAAUCAAGUUCAAUACAAAAUACAUCACUUCAAACAUCAAUCAUACUGCUUCCUCAAUGCUAAUCGAUCAACCUCCAACAAGACCAUCAGAACCAAAUUCUAAACCAACAAAAUUAACCCAAACUCAUUUAUCAAUAAACCUUUCACCUUCUUCUACAAUCUCCAGGAUCACUUCACGUGAUUUGAAAGGUGCUUUACAUGUCGUCUUAGUGGUUUAUGAUUUAUUACCAGCUGGGAAACUUUCAAAUAUAGCUUGGUAUCUUGGAGUUGGACUUUAUCAUUCAGCUAUUCGAAUUCCUGAAUUAGGUAGAGAAUUCGCAUUUGGUGGUCAUCCAAAUUCAGAUAUCUCUGGUAUCUUUUCACUUCCAAUUCGAUCAGAUGGUAAACCACCCAUGCCAGGUUUAAGAUUAGUAUCAGAAGUAGAUAUGGGACAAAUCAGAACAAAUCCGUUACCUCAAAAGUCAUCCUUACCUCGGAAUUCAAGUACAUCCACUCCAACCGAAACAAGAAGAUUGAUGCGUUCUUCAGCUAGUACGAGAUCUUCUGUCAAUACAUCAAGUUCUGUACAGAGUCCUACUUCUACAACACAUUCUAAAGCUUCGGCGUAUCCAACAAUUCAAGAAGAAAGUCUUGAGAUGGCUCAUGAUCAUAGUCAAGAAGGAACCUCAUCGGCUUCUUCAAUGGCUUCGGAUGUAUCUGAUCUUACCCCAAAUCGAACUCAACUUGAAACUUUUGAACACGUCUUGACUCAACUUGAUGAAUCACCAGACUGGAGGGGAACAUCUUAUGAUCUUUUACGACGAAAUUGUAAUACAUUCAGCGAUGAGUUAUGCAUGCUUCUCACGGGUCGUCGAACUCCUGGUUGGAUCAAUCGUGCAGCAGCAGUAGGAACUGCAUUGCCGUGUUUAGUACCAGAGGGUUGGAUAGAACCGCCUAUAGUUGAUAUCACACCACCACCAUCAACAUCAACAUCAACCACACCUCAGGCAUAUGAACCACCAAAGCAGGAGAUGAGGAUAUGAAACCUCAUCCAAUGUUGAAUAAUUUAUUCCGAAAACUAGCGAAUUCGAAACCAAGGCAUCUCAAGACAUUGUUAUUGUGAACACGAUAGUCUAAUCAUAUGAUCUAUCUUUGACCACAAUCGAUGUCAAUUGAAAAUUUCAUCCAGUCUUUGCAACCCUUCAAUCUUCAUUUUUCGCAUUUUUUGUUUUACAAUGCAUUGAUCCUCUUAGGAAACGUUUCUCUCUCCAAUCGAUAAUGUUGUUUCCACAAUCAUCUUUCACUUUUGUUCCAUGUGUCGUCAUUUACUUUUUAACCUGAUUUGUAUUGAUCACCAUUUUUAUGUGUUACCAUUUCUCUUUGGUCUCAUAGUAUUUAUUGUACGCAUCAUGAAUGGGAUAUGUUGUAAUGAUGAUUUAGGGACAUGUAGUGAUCUUCAUCUUUUAUAAAGUCAAAUAAAAUAUAUUUCUAGAUGGUGAC